CCCUCUCUUUCGCGGUCGCGUCGUGCGUAGGGCUUUCGAUCGCGGGAGCUGGAUUGGAUCGAUCGAUCCAUGGCGGUGAAGGACGGCGCUGUGAGCGCCGAUGCGUUUGAGGCGGGCGGCGGCGGCCUGGUGCUCCAGUCCAACGGCAAAUCCCCCCCCAAGGUUGUUGUGCAGACCAAGAAGAUUCUCUCCAAGCACGCCGGGAAGCUUGCGACUCGCGCGGACAAGCAUGAGAAAUUUAUCAACAAGGUGAAGUAUUGUCUUGGAGUCUUUUGCUUUGGCACAUUUUGCUACUUGCUUGGUUCAAGGCCUCAAGAUAUCCCGUAUUUAUACUGCACAUUCUUCAUAACCGUGGCGCCUCUCCGGUGGAUAUACUAUAGAAUAAGGAAGUGGCACUAUUAUCUAUUUGACUUCUGUUACUACGCAAACGCCAUCUUUAUGGCAAUGCUGCUCUAUUUUCCGAAAAACGAGAGGCUGUUUAUGGUCUGCUUUGCCUUUGCUGAGGGACCUCUUGCCUGGGCGUUGAUUAUAUGGAGAUGCAGCCUUGUGUUCAGCUCGAUCGACAAAAUUAUCAGCGUGUUGAUCCAUUUGCUUCCUGGUCUGGUAUUUUUUAUCGUUCGUUGGUGGGACCCGAGUACAUUCUCGCUUCAUUCAACCGAGCUCACUGGACCAUGGCCCGCUUGGCCCUUGGUCCAAACUCGAACAGAUCUGUGGACCUGGCUUUUUGCUGUUCCUUUGGCUGCAUACACGGUGUGGCAGAUCCUUUACUUUCUCAUUGUGAACGUGCUAAGGCGACAGAGGCUGUUGAAUGAUCCCGAGAUCAUGACUUCUUACCGGGAGUUGUCUCGUAAAGCCUCGAGAGCGAAUAACAUCUGGUGGCGACUGAGUGGAAUUCUGGGAGCUCAAAACCGGUUUGUCAUGUACGCGGUGCUCCAGGCGCUCCUGACGGUGGCAACCAUGGCUCUCACAGUCCUGAUGUUCAAGUCAUAUCGGCUCCACUGCGCGUUUGAGCUCCUCAAGGUGGCAGCCGCGAUCUGGAACGGAGGGAACUUUCUCUUCGAGGUGAUGCCCAGGCAAGCAGACAGGAAGAAAGCCAAAGCCAUCGCGAAGCUGCAAGUAGCUCCAGCACCAUCAUCUCUCGCAAAUGGCUCCGCCAGCAACACUCACAGCAGUGACGACAAGAUGGUUUGCUCGAUCUGCCGCAAGCUCAGCGCUCCAAACAUGUCGGGGAUGAAGUUCAUGCUCAGCCAAAACGAUGGAUCCGUCCAAGAGCUGCCGAGCGACGAGGGCGAGAGACAACCAGCGAGAGACAUCACAGCUUCAUCGCCCAGAUUGCGACGAAAAUCAUAUGGAGACUUGAACGCUCUCCAGGAACACCAGCAGCAUUCCAUCGACAGCUAAAACUUCGUUUUGUUUUUCCUCUCUGUAACAUAAAGCCUUUUGUGUAUUCCGUGCGUGGCGCCACCUAAGCUGGCCACGUGGUUGCCGCGUGUCAA